CUAGCAUUCGGCUUUCAGUUUCAUGAGAGACUUCCACCAGAGUACAUCGAAUGUCGGUGAAAUAUCAAAGAAAAUCCACUAAAUAAGAUAGCAGAUACCGAUACCUUGACUUGGUAUUCCACAAAAAGUGCAUUUAAAAAUACGCGUUAUUCAGAAGAAAAAGAAGCAAGUGAUUCAAACAGAGUUCAUUGGACCCCCAAGAAAUCAGAGAGACAGAGUAAACGACCUCGCACAACGCGCGCAAAAAGAGAGAAAAAACACACCCACAUCCCAAUCAAUAGCAUUGCAACGCUCCUUACAAGGGGAAAAAAAGAAGAAGAAUAAAACAACCAAAAUGGAUGUUUGGGGAUUCUGCGUUAGCGAUACUACGAUGGCAUAUGGCGGUUCGAUGCGCCAUGGAUAUUACCGGGAUUACGAGCAGUUUCCCUACGGAACCCUCGAAUCCACCACAUCCCCUCAUGCGGUCAAGGAUUGCUACAGUCGAGUGCAAGAAAAAUGUAAGCAGAUAAAAACCGAGAAGCAGAUGAGGAAGGAUUGUCCUUUCUGCAAGGAGCACAAGAAGCGGCCGCUCAUUAAUUACAUGCGCAAGCGGGAGCAGCGCAAGCACCAUGACAGCAUCUGCGAGGACGAGGAGGAGAUGCACGAACAUGAGCUGGAGCACGCCCACAGUCACAGCCACGAUGUGGUGUCCUCCGUCCUUGCGGCCCCCCAAAGCUGCAAGGUGUGAGAGGAAGCGGGACGACUCUACUACAGUUGAUUCCCACAGACAUUCGCGAAAUGCCA